UAUUUAAUUUCAAAAUAAAAAUGAAUAUUGAAGAAAAAAUGAAUAAUAUUAAAACAGCGUUUGAUAAAUUAUUAGAAGAAGAUCAAGAAUAUUUUGAGUUCGUCGACAAUGAAAGCUUAUGUACAACAUGUAAAUUGGAGAUUGACGAUCAAAAUUUUAAUAGUGUUGCAGUAAAACAAGAAAACUCAAUUCAUUUUGAUGAGAAUAUUUAUUCUCACUCAUUAAAUGAUAUUGACAGCUGUCAAGAACUCCAAAAAGCUACACGGUCGUUAUCAAGGAUAAGUUUGGAUCAAAAUGAUUUUAAGCUUACUGAUAAUGAUAUUAAUAAUUUAGAACAGACAAAUCAUCAAGUCAUUAUUAAUGACAUAAUUAAUAAUAAUAAUGAUGCCGUUAUUGUAGAAAAUUCUUUAUUCAAUUAUUCUCCUAGUUUUGUUUGCACAGGAGUUGACAAAGCAUUGACAAUCCUGGAGCAAAACUUAGAGGAUUCCAAUGUAAAGAAGACUAGAGUUGUCACUUCAGAAAAAAAUGAUCCAGCUGUUAAUGAUAAAUUAUUUUUGAGCGAUAAAGAAACCCAGACUGAUCUAGCAAAUGGAUCCAGUCAACAAGAUAAUCUUUGGGUUGAUAAUGAAUUUUUAUCUGAUAAAGAAUUGGAAAAAAUAGACCUUUUAGUUAAUGAGCAUGCAAAUGGAGAUCUUAAUAAUAAUAAUAAUAAUAAAAGAAAGUGUGAUAAUGUAGGUAGUGAAAAUAGUGCUAAAAAAAUAAAACUUGGAGCAAGAGAAUGGAAUAAAGAUGAUUGGGAUUUUAUAUUGUCUGAUAUUUUGAAACGAGAAAAAAAAUGCUUGGAUUGUUCUAAUGAUUUGUUUGAAUACAGUGAAUAUUUAAAUGAAACAAGAAAAGCUUUCAUUAGAAAAACUCCAUCAACUAAUAUUAAAAUUCCAACUCCUCCAGUGCUAGUUGGUUAUGACAACCAAUUUGAUUUUAAAAAUGAGAAGCGAUAUGGUCAACUACCAAUUCAAAAAAUAAAAAUUGAUGGUAAUAAUAGUGGUAAAUUAAAUGGUGUUAAUGGAAUUCAAAAUUCUGUGAAUACUAAGUCUAAAAUUCAUCCGCAAAAAAUAGUUACUCCGAAUCAAGGAACAGUUCCAAAAAGUCGAGUGCAAUUGACAAAAAACAAUUUAUAUAAAAUAAAUAAUCAAGUUAAUUUUACUCCAAGAAAUACUCUAAGACAAUCUACAAUUAAAGAAGCCUUUGCAAUUAAUAAAGAAAAUCAUAAUAAAGGAGUAAAUAAUGUUAAGACCAUUAACAAUACUAAAAGCUUAGAAAAGACUCUUAAUGGUGACGCUGGUAAAGAUAAUAUCAGUGACUCAUCGUCGAUGUAUAAUUUUAAUCCAUUUCGUCGAAAAAUUAAUGCUCAAAAAAAAUAA